CUUAUAGCGGACAUCGUUACUGUCUCCACAACCAUUUGCGACUGCAACCAGGCCGUAAGCCUCCGUUCCGGCUGUCCUACAGAGGCUGCCACCUCCCUAUUGGCAUUUGCUGCCCUUGCUACCUCCGACAUCGCCAAUGAUCACUAGGGAAGACUGUUCGUCGACAAUGACUCUUAACGGUCGCGGAGCAUAUGACACAACUGGCGUGCCCAAACCGAAGCCCUCAGGUGGCAGCAAUGGCGGAUCGAAAAAGCGAUGACACCUGUCAAUCUGUUCUCGACCAUUGUCGUUUCAGCGCGACUUGCAAGAAGUUGCACAGGAUGCACAAUCUUGACUUGCAUGUCUCUCCACCUCCACGCACCGCACCCUCCUUUCACUGUAUCACUACGGGCACACUUUCUCCGGCGUCUUUGCAGCGACUUUACAAUCAUCGGUCCUUCGGCAUGCAUAAUACCCACUUGAGCGCUUCAUCUGUCUCUCACACCACACCUUCACACCGCCAACACCACCCCUCAUAAUACUACCAUAGGAUUUCUUGGGCUUUACACAAAAGUGCCAGCGGCGUUUCGGCAAACGGGCAGUGCGGCGACACUAAGGGGCGCACUAGAUAGAGGG